AUGGGUUUUGGCGAUUCAAAACUGAAACCGAAAAGAUUACGAACCGCCAAUCAAAUCUGGGACACUAAUGGCACAUACACAACGAACGGGAACAGCGCACGCGUCACAACCGAUCGGACAAUCGUAAGCAACUUACCAGAGCGGUGGAUAACUAGACUCUGUUAUAACGUAGCAACAUCCUCCACGGAUGCCCUCAGAUCCGCGAGCGAAACGCAGAGAAAUCGCGCGUCCGCAAACCGACACCUCUCCGACACGCUGUGCCGCGGCACUGAGCAGGAAUGGGCGACGCUAGCGGAGCGAUAUCAGUAC